CGAAGAACGUCCGCAUCCAUCCCACCUCCGCAUUCCGGACCUCUCGACCAUAUGAGCGAUUUAACUUAGGGGACUUUGAAGCCUCACAGCAUUAUUGAGCCAAGAAGACAUGAAGAUUUGUCGCAUUCGUGUAAUGUUGACCCUACGUAUCACAUUGUGAUGGGGCUGGCACUCGGAGUUCACUUCAAUCUUCCCAUCGGAUGGGUCCCAGCCUUUGGCGUCUUGGGAAAGCACGCUCCAACGACUCACAGUCGCCUUCAACUCAGCAAGGAAUGAACCCUUUUCUCAACCUCAUGGGACGUUUCGUUCCUCGACCAAAAUGUCCGGAGUCGGUAUCGCUGUCCGACCUACCAGCUAAAAACUAUGACAGCCCCGGCCCAUCAUCAUUGCAUGUCUCGGGGAUGAUACCUCUGGGAACAUUUCACUGCUUCUCUCAGCUACCGAUGGAACUUCAAUUGCAUAUAUGGACAUCAGCUGCAAGGCAGGAACCAGACGACGGAUCGAGAAUCUUCUCCCUGGCACUGUCAUCUCAUCGUUUCGCAGUCACCCUUCAAGACGUCAACACUCUGUACACCGUGACCUCCCAGCAUCGCCCCCUCCCUGUCGUCUUCAAAAUCUGCAGUAGCUCAAGAGAAGCAGCAAAAAGAGAGUACGUUUUGCUACCUACAGAUGUCGCCACCAGAAGGAACGAAAGGAAGAUGGUCUAUGCGCACAAAAUACAUGACACAUUAUUUUUCCAGAGAGACACCGCUGACAUCCCGGUCCGCCACCAAUUUGGAGCUUUCGGUACCGAGAUCAGUAAUCUGGGUAAACCGGGGCACAUCAGGCCGGAAGCCACCCGGCUGUUCUUCGAGUAUUUGAACAGGUUCCGCCAUCUUGCUGUCGAUUGGCAUAUCUGGCGGGAUUUUCAAGGAGAAGAGUACCUUCCAUUGCAAUGGCCUCGCAUUCUCCACUCCUUGGAUGAGAUUCUAAUUGUUCUGACGAUUGAGCGCACAUUACUAGUGCCGCUCUUCUUUCGAAGCAUCACACCAGGGACUGUCAGAGGAGAAAGUGCCUCCUUGGUGAUGUCGAUGGUGGAUGAAAAUAUUGAGGCUUUUCGGUUUGAGUUUCCGCAUCUAAAACCUCCGAAGAUCAAGGUGGUCGCAUUUUGUGAUGGUAAUGAGUCAUCUCAUGGCGAUGAGGCCUUUCUGAUCGAGAUGAGGUCGUUUAGGUCGAGGUUUCCACUACAGGUGGGCCAUAAUUUGUUCAACUCUCCGAGAACAGAUACCAAGAAGCCUCCCUUUUACCGUCAGAACUCAAUCCUUCAAAUCGUUCCUCCCGUCAGCAGUGCGGCACAGCUAGACGCCACAUUUCUCGUCCCAUUGGUUCCGCGGAUCCAAGCUUCUGUAGCUGAAGAUGGGGAGGCAAAGGGAAAUUAA